GAAUGGAGGCCCCUGAUCCAAACGACCCUCUGGGACAGCUUGACGGUCACGACAGCCCUCUUCCGACUCUGAAAGGUUAUUUUCUGAAUUUCCUGGAGCCAGUAAACAAUAUAACCAUCGUCCAGGGGCAGACGGCGAUCCUGCACUGCAAAGUGGCGGGGAACCCACCCCCCAACGUGCGGUGGCUAAAGAAUGAUGCCCCGGUUGUGCAGGAGCCCCGGAGGAUCAUCAUCCGGAAGACGGAAUACGGUUCUCGGUUGAGGAUUCAAGACUUGGACACCACAGACACUGGGUACUAUCAGUGCGUGGCCACCAACGGGGUGAAGACCAUCACGGCCACUGGCGUCCUGUUUGUGAGGCUUGGUCCAACACACAGCCCAAAUCAUAAUUUUCAGGAUGACUAUCAUGAGGAUGGAUUCUGCCAGCCGUACAGAGGCAUCGCCUGCGCGCGCUUCAUCGGGAACCGGACCAUUUACGUGGACUCCCUCCAGAUGCAGGGGGAGAUCGAGAACCGAAUCACGGCGGCGUUCACCAUGAUCGGCACCUCCACACACCUGUCGGACCAGUGCUCGCAGUUCGCCAUCCCGUCCUUCUGCCACUUCGUGUUCCCGCUGUGCGACGAGCGGUCCCGGGCGCCCAAGCCUCGCGAGCUGUGCCGCGACGAGUGCGAGGUGCUGGAGAGCGACCUGUGCCGCCAGGAGUACACGAUCGCGCGCUCCAACCCGCUCAUCCUCAUGCAGCUGCAGCUGCCCAAGUGCGAGGCGCUGCCGCUGCCCGAGAGCCCGGACGCCGCCACCUGCAUGCGCAUCGGCAUCCCGGCGGAGAGGCUCGGCCGCUACCACCAGUGCUAUAACGGCUCGGGCACAGACUACAGAGGGACCGCCAGCACCACCAAGUCAGGGCACCAGUGCCAGGCGUGGGCCCUGCAGCACCCCCACAGCCACCACUUGUCCAGCGCCGACUUCCCCGAGCUCGGAGGCGGACACGCCUACUGCCGGAACCCCGGCGGCCAGAUGGAAGGCCCCUGGUGCUUUACCCAGAAUAAAAACGUACGCAUGGAACUCUGUGACGUUCCGUCCUGUAGUCCCCGAGACAGCAGCAAAAUGGGAAUUCUCUACAUACUGGUUCCAAGCAUUGCGAUACCCUUGGUUAUUGCUUGCCUUUUCUUCUUGGUCUGCAUGUGCCGGAAUAAACAGAAGGCUUCAGCGUCCACGCCACAGCGAAGGCAGUUGAUGAUGUCACCCAGCCAAGACAUGGAGCUGCCUCUGAUUAACCAGCACAAACAGGCCAAGCUCAAAGAGAUUAGUCUGUCCACCGUGCGGUUCAUGGAGGAGCUGGGCGAAGACCGAUUCGGGAAAGUCUACAAAGGUCACCUCUUUGGAUCCACACCAGGGGAGCAGACCCAGGCCGUGGCCAUCAAGACGCUCAAGGACAAAGCGGAGGUGCCCCUCCGAGAGGAGUUCAAGCACGAGGCUAUGAUGCGGUCGAGACUCCAGCACCCCAACAUCGUCUGCCUGCUGGGGGUAGUGACCAAAGACCAGCCACUCAGCAUGAUCUUCAGCUACUGUGCCCACGGUGACCUGCACGAGUUCCUGGUCAUGCGCUCACCACACUCGGACGUGGGCAGCACCGACAACGACCGGACUGUCAAGUCUGCCCUGGAGCCUCCUGACUUCGUUCACAUUGUGGCCCAGAUCGCUGCAGGGAUGGAGUACCUGUCCAGCCACCACGUGGUCCACAAGGACCUGGCCACCCGCAACGUCCUCGUGUUCGACAAGCUGAACGUGAAGAUCUCGGACCUGGGCCUCUUCCGUGAAGUGUACUCGGCCGAUUACUACAAGCUGGUGGGGAAUUCGCUCCUGCCCAUCCGCUGGAUGUCCCCAGAGGCCAUCAUGUAUGGCAAGUUUUCCAUCGACUCGGACAUCUGGUCCUAUGGUGUGGUCUUGUGGGAGAUCUUCAGCUACGGCCUGCAGCCCUACUGCGGCUACUCCAACCAGGACGUGGUGGAGAUGAUCCGCAACCGCCAGGUGCUGCCCUGCCCGGACGACUGCCCUGCCUGGGUGUACGCCCUGAUGAUCGAGUGCUGGAAUGAGUUCCCUAGCCGGCGGCCGCGGUUCAAGGAUAUCCACAGCAGGCUCAGAACCUGGGGGAACCUCUCCAACUACAACAGCUCGGCGCAGACCUCGGGCGCCAGCAACACCACGCAGACGAGCUCCCUCAGCACCAGCCCCGUGAGCAACGUCAGCAACACGCGCUACAUGGGGCCCAAGCAGAAGACCCAGGCCUUCCCCCAGCCCCAGUUCAUCCCCAUGAAGGGCCAGAUCAGACCAAUGGUGCCCCCGCCUCAGCUCUACAUCCCUGUCAAUGGGUACCAGCCGAUGCCGGCCUACGGAGCCUACCUGCCCAACUUCUAUCCCGUUCAGAUUCCGAUGCAAAUGGCCCCUCAGCAGGUGCCCCCCCAGAUCAUCCCCAAGCCAGGCUCCCAUCACAGUGGCAGUGGCUCCACCAGCACGGGCUACGUCACCACGGCGCCUUCCAACACGUCGGUGGCGGACAGGGCGGCCCUGCUCUCCGAGAGCGCCGAGGAUGCUCAGAACGCUCCAGAAGACGUGGCCCAGAAUCCCGUGCCCGAAGCAGAGGAGGAGGAGGAAGGCUCCGUGCCAGAGACAGAGCUACUGGGAGACAAUGACACCCUGCAGCUGGAGGAGGCUGAGGUCCAGCUGGAAGCCUGAGGGACCCCCCCCGCAGGACUCCUGGCUGGGAAAGAAGCCCCGCUGGGGUGCCCCAGGGACCCUCGAUCAGCUCCUUUG